AUGGUGCUGCCUUGGGAUUUGGAGGAAGAGAUACUAAGUCGAGUUCCACCUCUGUCUCUUGCUCGAUUCAGAUCUGUCUGUAAACGAUGGAACGGUCUUUUCAACGAAAGUAAAUUCAUCAAGUGCCACUUGGCUCGCGCCCGUCCUCAGAUCAUCUUCCUGAGCAAAUCCAAUAUGUAUUCGAUAGAGAUCAAUGAUCUCGCCGGCGUUGAUCCAGCGGUAAAGCUGCGUGAUCUAGCCUCCCUCCCAUCCUCCUGUGAGAUCGCUCACCAAGAGAUAGAUUUCGACCCCACAAGAACAAUCAAGAGUUUCGAUGGGUUAUUGUUUUGUAACUUUUGGCCUCCAGAGAGCCGCGCAGCCCUGUGGAGCCCGUGGUUGAGUAGUGGGCCACCGCCUCAGGUUAAAUGGAUCGAGUUCGGAGAUGCAAAGUUCCAUGUUAGCGGUAUAGGUUACGAUAAAAACAAGGUUUACAAGAUGUUUGGAUCUUUUAUCUGCUUACGUCAAGUCCAUAACAAUUACCACCAGAGAGCUGCGGUCUACCACUGCAGCUCUCAGGUCUUCAAGUUUGUUGAUACUCCUGGCGAGGACUGGCCCAUUAGGGAAGCCCAUCGUUAUAGUGUCUCCUUGAACGGGAAUCUCUAUUGGAUUACUAGUAAUGUUGGGAAGCAUUUCAUUAGAAGCUUUGACUUCUCCAAGGAGAUAUUAAAACCCUUUUGUCUCCUCCCUUGCCACAAGAAUGAUUCCCGGGAUGAACUUGUCCUUGAGGUUUUCAAGGGAGAAGGCUUUUCUUUGUUAAAGCAAUGCUAUGUUACUAGGAAGAUUGAGAUUUGGGUUACUAACAAGAAGAUUGGAGAGGAGGAAGGUGUUGUGUGGAUAAUCUAUAUGACUUUGCCAACAACCAACUUGCCAAGUUUGUUUAAUUCUAGGCUUAGUGGCACUAUUAGUUAUUUCUUCUAUGGCAAGACCAUUGUCAUCUGUUGUGGUGAUAAUGAAACUGGAGCCGCUUGCAUCUACAUUGUGAGGAGUGACUUGUUCAAGAAAUUUCCAAUUGGUUCUGCAAUUUACCACUCUUGUCACUGCGUUUAUGCUCCCAGUUUGACCCCGUUGCAUAUGAUUUCUGACUGA